UGGAUUCUGACCCGCUUGAAGAGAUGACAGUGACAGAUUUCUAACCGUAAACCUUAAAAAAUCAAUGUUUUGUUGGUAUUUAAGAAAAAGGUGGUGCUAAGAAUGUUCUUUGUGGCUGUGGUGCCUGCCUUGAGGAUACCUGUACGUUAUACCUGUGCGAUAUGGAUAUCACAUAGCAAAUUCUGCUCGCAAUCGCCCACAGAGAACAAUAGCGAAAAUUAUGAAGAUGAUAUCAGAAAUAAGAUUCUAGCGGCCUCCUUGCCGUACGUAUUGGACCAGGGUUGGUCAAAGGAAUGCCUCAGCAAAGGGGCAGAAAAGGUUGGAUAUCCAGGAAUUAGCCAUGGAAUGUUCACACGAGGAGCCGGUGAUUUGGUGCACUAUUUUAACACGAGCUCCAACAUGAAAUUGGUGGAGAUUUUGAAACAGUUUCAAAAGGAUUUCACCGAUAAACCCAUAAGUCCCGGUCAAUUUGUUGAAUUGGCCAUACAGGAGAGACUGAAAAUGUUGGUUCCUUAUGUGCAUAAAUGGCCCCAAGCCAUUGCCAUCAUGUCUCUACCUCCAAAUGUUCCCACUGCAUUGGCUGCGCUUCUUACAAUGGUUGAUGAUAUUUGCUAUUAUGCAGGAGAUCGAUCAGUGGAUUUCAACUGGUAUAUGAGGCGUUUAGGAGUAGCAGGCGUCUAUAAGGCCACAGAACUGUAUCUUAUCCAAGACAAGUCGCUGGAGCAACAGAACACCUGGAAUUUUUUAAAGCGCCGCAUGGACGAAGCUGUUCAGCUGCAUGAGAUUAUCAGCAAAUCAGAUAUAACCAGUCAGGGUGCCAAAGAUGUCGCCAAAUCAGCGUUUGUUACCGCACGGAAUAUCCUGGGAGUCAGUUGGAACAAGUAGCUAAGUUAGGAUUUACGCAGGAAUUUACCAAAUUAGUCUCCUCAUUGUAAAAACUAGAGACAAGCAAAUGUGAUCUUAUUGCCUGGUUGGGUUAUUAAAUUGUAAAUUAGUAAAUAUUUUUCAUGAUAAUUCCAGGGGUUUAGGGUGGCCCAAACCUAGCAAAUAAUUACGUUUUACUAAUAAAAUAUUGAAUCCUUA